AUGAAGACAGCCAUUUUGAUUAUAGGUUUGAGCAUAUUCCUGAAAGUCUCCCACACAGCGCAGGGGAAGUACGCCCAGAAGCUGCUGAAUGACCUGAUGGAUAACUACUCCAACGCGCUGCGGCCUGUGGAGGACACAGACAAAGCCCUCAACGUCACUCUGCAGAUCACCCUCUCCCAGAUCAAAGACAUGGAUGAGAGGAACCAGGUGCUGACAUCAUACCUGUGGAUCCGGCAGAUCUGGCACGACGCCUACCUGAAGUGGGACAAGGACGCCUACGACGGGCUGGAGGUCAUCCGCAUUCCCAGCGAUCUGGUCUGGAGGCCGGAUAUCGUCCUUUAUAACAAGGCAGAUGAUGAGUCGUCAGGGCCAGCGGGCACCAACGUGGUCUUGCGCUACAACGGCGAGAUCACCUGGGAUUCCCCCUCCAUCACCAAGAGCUCCUGUGUGGUGGACGUGUCCUACUUCCCCUUCGACAACCAGCAGUGCAACCUCACCUUCGGCUCCUGGACCUACAACGGCAACCAGGUGGACAUCACCAUGGGGAUGGACAGUGGCGACCUGUCGGACUUCGUGGAGAACGUUGAGUGGGAGUGCCACGGAAUGCCGGCCGCCAAGAACGUCAUCAUGUACGGCUGCUGCUCAGACCCUUACCCGGACAUCACCUACACCCUGCUGCUCAAACGCCGCUCUGCCUUCUACAUCUUCAACCUGCUGCUGCCCUGCAUCAUGAUCUCCUUCCUGGCCCCCCUCAGCUUCUACCUGCCGGCCGACUCCGGGGAGAAGGUGUCCCUGGGCGUCACGGUGCUGCUGGCUCUCACCGUCUUCCAGCUCAUGGUGGCUGAGAGCAUGCCGCCCUCUGAGAGUGUACCCCUCAUCGGGAAGUAUUACAUUGCAACAAUGAUCAUGAUCACAGCCUCCACAGCCCUCACCAUCUUCAUCAUGAACAUCCACUUCUGUGGGGCAGAGGCCAAGCCAGUCCCAUACUGGGCCAAGGUGGUCAUCAUCAACUACAUGUCGAAGAUCUUCUUCGUGUAUGACGUAGGCGAGAACUGCACCACCCCCCAGCAGGAGAAGAGCCCCUUCUACAUGGAGGACCCACUGGGCAAUGGAAGCCUGUACGGGGGCCAUCACGAGGACGAUAGCCAGUAUAGCCACCUGCAACACCAAGGCCAUCACCACGACAGCAGAGAUAAGAAGGCCAACACCCUCCCCAACGGUAACAGCAAGUACCACCACAUCACGCGUGAUGGUAAAAGUGACUACGAGCUGAACGGCGGGCUGAACGGAGGGCUGAACCGAGGGCUGAAUGACGAGCUGCUGUACCCGGAGAAGGUCGCCCCCUGUGGGCGGGCCUGCUCCUGCGCCCACCACCAGAAGCUUGUGCGGAACGUUCAGUACAUCGCCAACUGCUUCCGGGAGCAGCGGGUGAACUGCAUCAAGGGCGCCGAGUGGAAGAAGGUGGCCAAGGUCAUGGACCGCUUCUUUAUGUGGAUCUUCUUCAUCAUGGUCUUCCUCAUGAGUGUUCUGAUCAUCGGCAAAGCCACCUGA